UUUAAAUCUCUCUCUCGUCAGUUUGGAAUUGUAAUUCUCGCAAAAUGAACAUGAACUUUCAGUACAAGAAGGAUCACACCUUCGAGAAGCGGCGCAAUGAGGGCGACAAGGUGCGCCGCCGCUAUCCCGACCGGGUGCCCGUCAUCGUGGAGAAGGCACCCAAGACGCGACACCCCGAACUGGACAAGAAGAAGUACCUGGUGCCCGCCGACCUCACUGUGGGACAGUUUUACUUUCUCAUUCGCAAACGCAUCAAGCUCAGCCCCGAUGCUGCUCUCUUCUUCUUUGUGAACAAUGUGAUUCCCCCGACAUCGGCCACGAUGGGAUCGCUGUACCAGGAGCAUCGCGACAAGGACUACUUCCUGUACAUGUCCUACUCCGACGAGAACGUCUAGAUACCAUCUGUAGUAACGUUUU